AUGGCUUCCCCACCCACCAUCGCUGCCGUCGACGGCGGCGAACAAAACCAAGAAAAGCUCCACUUCGUGCUGUUCCCGUUCAUGGCACAAGGCCACAUGGUCCCGAUGAUGGACAUCGCCAUGGUGCUCGCGCAACGCGGCGUCCUCGUCUCCGUCGUCACGACCCCGGUCAACGCCGCCAGAUUCGAAUCCCAAAUCCGCCGCAACGCCCUUCCGAUCAACCUCUAUCCCUUAGACUUCCCCUGCGCCGAAUCGGGCCUCCCGGACGGCUGCGAGCCCUUCGACCUCCUCCCUUCAUUCUCCCUCGCCGCCAAUUUCUUCGCCGCCUCGGCCCGCAUUGAGAAACUUUCUGAUAAACAGAGAAUUGGAUAA